AUGCCUCCUCAAGCCUCGAUUGCGCCCAACACUAACUGUCUUGGGACUAUUGUCUCUCCGCCUACUGCAACCCUCGACAUUGUCGCCGUGCAUGGAAUGAACUUGGAAAACAAUGACGACCACGCGAACAACACUUGGACUGAUAAAGAAUCGGGAACGAACUGGCUGAGAGACCUACUUUCCUCACAAGUCCCGAAUUCAAGAAUUCUAGCGUACCAAUACAACGCCAAUGUUGCUCUUGGGACGUCUUCUGCCGGCGUGGAAGAGCAAGCGAUGAACUUGCUUAACUGCCUUCGGUCAGAGAGAAAGGUUUGGAGGACCCUCAUCGAGCAUUAUCGAGUGGAGAUGCUAAGUAUGGGCGGUAUCAUUGUCAAAGAGGCCCUUGCGACAGCAUAUCAUGGUGACGGAACACACACUAUGAUCUGGAACUUUACCUACGGCAUCUUUUUCUUGGCUGUUCCCCAUCGAGGAUCAGCAUAUGCGAGGUUGGGGAGAGCCGCUGCUUGUAUCGCCAAGAUAUGUCAAGUUCAACCUGACAAUUCGUUUCUGAACAGCGUUGAGUUUGGUUCGAGAUACAACGAGGCCCUGAACGCCAGAUUCAAGCCCCUCCUCGAAAGGUACAAGAUUUUCAGUUUUUGUGAGACGCUGCCGGUACAGAAGUAUGGGUUGGAUUUUGACAUCGUAAACCUUGACCCCAUUCUGUUUUCACCGAAAUAUACGUCUGACCUUGCCAGAUUGUCGAUAGGGACUCCGCAAUCCUUGACCUUCCUGACGCUCAGGAGGUCAAGUUUUACCCUAACCGAACUCACACCGCGAUUUGCAAGUUUGCAAGUGCCCGACGAACCUGAAUGGAAGCAGUUAUGCGGUGCCAUCCAAGAUGCUGCAAAGUCGUCUUCUAGCAAGUAUGCUUGCUACAGCCUUACAAUUUCUGAACGUAAGAAGAGGAUCCAAGAAUCCACUUGGCCUUUAGAAGAGGCGAAUGAACAAACUCUCUCUAUGCCGGAAGCAAUAGGAAAAGCCCGGGACUUUCCCUUGAGCCUUGACGACGACUCCAAAGACAGCAGCAAACUCCACGGGAGUCGGCAAGAAGUCUCGCUCCUCAAUGCAGGAGUCGCAACCAUUGCCGUCUGGCUGUGGGGAGUGCUUCAGUUAAUCACAGCACUCGUCCCUAUCGUUCUCUUGAUCUGGCUUCAAGUCCUUCCUAGCAAAGUCACGGUCAUGGACAAAGCUGAAGAGGCCCGCCAAUCUGGGCAGAAGGUAGCCGAGCUCGAGCGCCUAGCUAUCGGAACAUUGGACGCGCAGCUCUACGACACCUUGGAGACAAUUGAUAUUCUUAAAACUGCAUUGGACUCCGAGUUGGCGCACAACGAAGACACCACGACUACAAAUCAAUCCGCGCUCGCUCGUUCCCUGCUUGGAAAGUUAGACAAUAGAGCCGAGCAAAUAAUCCGUGGCCUGCAAGACCACCAUCGAGCCUACGACAGAGCAACUGUGAGAGUGAUGCUGAUCGAGGAAGGUCAGCGGGAGGCGCAGGACAAGGAAGGUGAAGAGUUUUGGAUAAGGGUUGCUGAGAAUGCACGACGGGAAAAAGCCAAGCUAGACGAGGAAGAGGAAAAGCAAGAGCCAGAAUCAAGGACUUGCCCCGAGUGCAUUGUACUUGGAAUUGGCCGUGAAGUUGGAGAUGAGGAAGUCGUUGCCCAGCACCGACUUGACCAUCUCAAUCGCCGUUGGGUGUUGGAUCAGCUCGAGAAAGAUCUUGUCCAGCUGCAUCAGGUAGAACACGCGGACAUUGCUGGGGUUGGGAUCCAGGUGCGUGAGACGGGUCGGAUCGCCCUGUUUCUCGCUCGCUUCUUUGGCUGCCCAGAGCCGUGA